GUGGUGACAGGAACAGAGAGCAGCAACAGGAGCACUGACAGCUCUUACCUGCUCAGCAGUGAUGGGGGGAGGGGGAGGGUGGGAACCAGACCAGAGAGGAAACUGAGGAGAGAAGGAGAAGGAAGGAGAAGUGAGAGAAGGGGCUAGAGGAGAAAAGGGAGCAGGAAACCCAUGAGCAAGAAGGAGUGAGGGCACCGGAGGAGGGAGGAGAGAAAAGGGCGGGAUUCCGAAGCGAAGUCAGAGCGGAGCGAAAGAACCGAGUGGGGAGGGAGGAGAGGAGAGAGGGAAGUACCGAGAAGCGCAGCGGGAGGAAGAGGCAGCGGGCUCUGGCUCCUCCGAUGACAAGUGCAGCUGGCUGGUGCUGAGUGGGGGAAGCCACUCGUGGGGGCGGUCGGUGCCACGCUCUCUUCUCCGCUCCCAAGAUGAUGAAGAGGCAGUUCAAUCGGAUGCGGCAGCAGCUCUCCCAUCCCAGCAUCACGGGACGAUCCCAAGAAACAGCAGAGCUCCUGACUGAAGACUUGCUGCAGAUAGAGCAGAGAAUCGAGCCAGCCAAACGGGCAGCGCACAAUGUAUCCAAGAAGCUCCAGGCAUGCCUGCAGGGGCAGUGCGGGGCCGACAUGGACAAACGAGUGAAGAAGCUUCCCUUGAUGGCUCUUUCCGUGACUAUGGCUGAGAGCUUCAAAGAACUAGACACCGAUUCCAGCCUCGGGAGAGCUCUAGAGAUGAGCUGCUUCAUACAAAGCAUGCUGGCCAAAGUCCUGUCUGAGUUUGAAAUCACCUUAGAGAGAGACGUCCUACAGCCUCUGAAUAAACUGAGUGAGGAGGAGCUGCCUGUCAUCCUGAAACAUAAGAAGAAUCUUCAGAAGCUGAUCUCGGACUGGAACUCCAUCAAAAGCAGGCUGAACCAAGCUGUCAAGAACUCCAGUAACAGUGCUGGUGCUGGCCCUGGCCCCGGGGGGUCGUCCGCUGCCAUCAAACUGGAGAACCUGAAGGAAGAGGAAGAGGAGGUGAAGCGAAGGGUGGAGCAGUGUAAGGAUGAAUACAUGGCUGACCUCUAUCACUUUUCCACCAAGGAGGACAGCUAUGCUAACUACUUCAUCAAACUGCUGGAAAUCCAAGCUCAGUACCACCGGAAGUCUCUGGAAUCCCUGGAUACAGCCUUGGCAGAGCUGAAGGAGACCCACAGCCAGGCAGAGCCCCCUUUCUCCGUGGAUACCCCAGUGUCGGGGUAUUAUGGGGUGCCUUUGGAGACGCACCUGAGGACUUUGGGUCGGGAGAUUGCCCUUCCCAUUGAAGCUUGUGUCAUGAUGCUGCUGGCGUCGGGCAUGAGGGAGGAGGGGCUCUUCAGGUUGGCAGCGGGGGCCUCGGUGCUCAGGAAGCUGAAGUGCAGCUUGGCCAGUGGCUCCAACGCACUGGAGGAAUUCUAUUCUGACCCACACGCUGUUGCAGGUGCACUGAAAUCCUACCUGCGAGAGCUGCCCCAACCCUUGAUGACCUAUGAACUCUACGAUGACUGGUUUAAAGUAGCCUGUUUCAAGGAGCCAGAGGGUCGCCUACAGAGCCUCCAAGACACCUGCAGCCGGCUCCCCCAGGACAACUACAACAACCUGAGGUAUUUGAUCAGGUUUUUAGCCAAGCUGGCUGAACAUCAGGAAGUGAAUAAAAUGACCCCUAGCAACAUCGCCAUCGUCCUGGGCCCCAACCUGCUGUGGUCACAGCAGAGCAAAGGAGACCCAUUGCAGCUAGACAUGGCCUCCGUGUCCUCCAUCCAGGUGGUGGGCAUCGUGGAGGCCCUGAUACAGAAUGCCAGCACCCUCUUCCCUGGAGAGAUAGACUUCAAUGUUUCGGGCAUGUUCACUCCCCCCACGGAAAUCAAAUCCAGCGAAGCCCCUCCAGUGGAAGAGCCGUCGCCUCAGCCCCUUCCUGCCAGCACUCCCUCUCUAACAGCUGGAGAAGCCAGAAGAGACCCCGAGAUGUCCUCUGGACCAGUCUCCCCAAAGGCGAGCAGAACUUCUCCUGAGGCUGCGGGCCCCUCGGCUGAUGACACCGCACGCAAAAUGAAGCGAGCUGCCCCAGUCCGACCCAUGGUGCCCCCGCCACAGGUGCAGCCUCGAACCCAAACUCCCACACCUCAGAACCCACCUGUGCCUGAGAGCACUGCCAACCCCAAAGUCUUCCCUCGCCGAACGGUGAGUGGGUGCGUGCGAGCUCCCACUGUCCCACCUCCGCUUCCACCCCAGCCUGCCAGACGCCAGAGUCGAGGUGCUCCGCCGUCCCCCAAGCCUACAGAGACACCCAAGAUGCCUCCAGACACCAUGAGGGAUGAGGGCUCUGCAGCUGGCCAACCUCCUGCACACAGCAGUACAGAAACCGCUGCAGACUGCACCCCAGAGAUAGAAGGGCCGAAGGAGCCAUCAUCUCCAGGAGGGUCAGGCUCUUCAGCCAUACCCCAGGCAAUGGUCCAGUCCCCAGAAAAUGACUGAGACCCACUGGAAGCUUUGAAGGCAUCAGUUCUGCCUGCUUGCCUGCCAAGGAUCCUGGGAGGAGGUGGGAAGAUGGACUGGUGCUCCUCCAGAGUCUGGCACAGCACAUAUGGCAAAAAUCUAUCUAGCAGCUCAGAUGGGACCUUGUGAAGAUGGACCAGGAUGAUCCAUGGGAUUAUGUUUCCUGGAAGGUAGUUCACAAGUCUCCAGCCUUGAAAGUGUUCCCCUCUCCUCCAUGUGCUUCCCUUAUCUCUCUUCCCAAACACUCCCUGCAUAUGCGUCUCUGUGCUUUCCAAUGUCUCCCUUGAAAUGGGGAACCCGACUCUUCCCACUGCUUCCCUCGUCUCUCCUUAUUGGCACCUCACUACCUAUGCCUUCGCAAAAGUACCAGUGGACUUGCUCUUUCCCCUCCAACUACCAGAAAUUUUCCAUAGGAAGACACGAACUCCAGCUCCUGGAGUUCUAGGAUCCUGCCACAAUCUAAGGAGAUAGGGGAUCAUUAGAUGUUUAUCUAGCAUUCCCCUCCUAGCCUUCCCAAAUGAUUCUGCUUCAUUCAACUAAUCUCAGGUUUCAUAAAUCCCCUCUCGCACUUUCAAAGGACCCUGCAGACUCUAGAGAGCAAGGAGUUCAUGGCUCUUCCUUCUUUUUAAAGACUGGAUUUCAGUUACAGGAAACUUGUCUGUAUCCAAAAUGGUUUGGAGCCAUUCAACGCAUAUUCAAAGAAAUGGAGUGUAUGCACUGAAUUGCAAUUGAUUCACACAGCAGAGGCCAUGACUGAGAUGAGUCUCCAAUUAAUGAGGUUUGGAUACACAGGGUUGUUCUGACGUUUUCUACGUACGCAAUGCAAUAAUUCUCUACCUUUGGGACCAACCUUGCCUUCAAAUGAGUUCUGAUAAACUCCUCCCACUAAAAAGAAAAGGAGUACUUGUGGCACCUUAGAGACUAACCAAUUUAUUUGAGCAUAAGCAAAUGAGCUGUAGCUCACGAAAGCUUAUGCUCAAAUAAAUUGGUUAGUCUUUAAGGUGCCACAAGUACUCCUUUUCUUUUUGCGAAUACAGACUAACACAGCUGCUACUCUGAAUCCUCCCACUAAGAAUCUCUGACAUUGACAUGGUGAGGUUUGGGGUAGGACUAUUUUUUUAAUAUGUUGCUGAUAAGUUAUUUAAAGACUUGGGGCCAAAUUUCUAGUUGGUAUAAGCAAGUACGACUUAACUAACUUCAGUGGGUUGAUCAAGUCUGCACUCAUCAAGUCUGAAUUUGGUCCUGGGAUUGUAUGUGAGAAAACCCAGUAAAAUAAUUGCUGCUUUCCGUCUGUUGUGUUUUGCGGUAUCUCACUCUUUCCUUUGGUAAUGUACUUUUACAAAUAUAUAUGUACAUAUAUUUUAAA